AGUGUACUUAGAACAAAUGUGUGAGGAGAGAAUGCGUCACAUGUCCGCUUCAGGGCCUGCUCAAAUGGUUGCAUAAAUCUGACGAGUGGCCCCGUGAAGUUGGGUUUGGAUUUUGGAUCUGUCCCAAAAAUCUUCUGUGAUGUUGAUGGAGUAAUGAGAAAGUGAAGAGCCACUCUGAUGUCUACUGGUGGUUUGAGGAUGGAUGACUCGAUGGAGGAGGCAACAGGGGCCGCACCGUUAAGGCAACCGAAGGAAGGUGGUGCUCUAACUAGACAGCCAGCGACGAAGCGCUACAGCGAGAUUUUACGCGACUUCGAUAACUUGGAGCUGAGCUUAAUGAGCAGCACGUCUGUCGACGAGCUCCUCGGAAACCCUGAUAACCAGUCGCUCUCUGAAACAGGAGACACAACACUGGAUGAUUCGUCUAGUGAAUAUGCAGACAGCACACUGGUCUGUCCUGAUGAAGAAGAAAAAGAUGGUGGCAAGUCGGCCCAGGAUGCUGAUGUGGCCAUGUGUCGCUGCGAGGGUGGCGUGGAGCUCGCCUUACAGUACGCCAAGAUGUGGUGCCGCUACGCCAAGGACCUCCUCACCUGGAUAGACAAGAGAAUCAGCCUGGAGCAAGAAUAUGCCAAGAAUAUCAUGAAGGCAGCGGAAACAACAAAGUCUUGUAUUGCUCAGCAGGACCUGAUGCCACUGCAGUCAAUCUACAGCAUGGUUCUGGAGCAGGAUGUGAGGAGCAGCUCAUCAGCCAAACACACCACUGAGCUUCUACAGCAGCGCUGCUACCAGGCUUUGUCUGCCAAGCGGAAUGAGAUUGACAAGUGGCGUCGGGAGUUUAAAGAGCAGUGGAUCAGGGAGCAGAAGAGAAUGAACGAUGCAGUUGCAGCGCUGAAGCGAGCUCGACAGCAGUACAUGCAGCGCUGUGAGGAGCUGGAGAAAGCCAAAGCCAUGACGGCCAAAGGAGUCGACGAACUCAGUGGCACAAAGACCCUGGACAAGAGGAGGAAGUCUCAAGAUGACGCUCAGUCCAAGGUUUCAGAGACUGAGCUGUUAUACAAGCAGUGUGUGAACGAUGCCAACACUCAUCAGGACGACCUGGAGAAAGUGAAGGAGAGGAUCAUCGUCCACAUCCGCAAGCUCAUCUGCCAAGGAGACGACGUGCUCAAAGAGGUGACGGUGAACAUGUUCUUCUACCAGAGACUGCAGAUGGAGCCGAUCCCUUUAGGGUACCAGAACCUGGAGCUGACCUGCAGGCCAUAUGAGUCCGGAGAACCCUACCUGCUCUACAUCUCCAGGAAGUGUGGACCUGAGCAACCCCUUCAGACCUUCACCUUCCAGGAGUUCAUCCCUUUGAACAAGAGAAAUCGUAAAUUGAAUAAUGCCCUGAUGUCACCGCAGGACUCGUCUCCGAUACCCGAGGACAUGAAGCGCUACAGUGAUGGAAAACGCAUCGGAUGCAGCGACACUGACAGCAUCGGAGGAAGCUUCGAGUCCCUCUCCAGUCCAGCCCAUGGGAAUAAGCUGCUGAAAGCUCCGUCUACUGGAACUGUGUCCUCUGAUGACCUGGACGAGAGAGAACUGAGCACUGAAGCUGAUGGUUCUGAUCCUCUAAACGACAGUAAUGGCCCCUACUCUAAAAUGCGCAUCACAUCCCGAGCUGCUCUCACUCACCGCUUCAAGAAAACAAAGAGCAAAAUGCUGAAGUGCAAACUGUGCGACAACUUCAUCCUGGUCAGCAGCAUCGAGUGUGAGGAGUGUGGCUUAAUAGUGCACAGAAAGUGUCUGGAUCUAUGCCAGACCGAGUGUGAGCGCAAGAGGGGGGUUCUCUUCGGGGUUGAGUUCUCCACAUUACCCAGAGAGCAGCCGCAGGACGUUCCAUUCAUUGUGCAUCGUUGUACUGAAGAGAUCGAGAGCCGAGCGCUCACAGUGCAGGGUGUUUAUCGGGUUAGUGGGUCCAAACCCAGAAUCCUGAAGUUGUGUCACGCUUUUGAGACCCAAAAAGACCAGGUUGACCUUUCGGACCUCUCACCCCACGACAUCACUUCCGUUCUCAAGCUCUUUUUCAAAGAUCUUCCUGAGCCGUUACUGACCUUCGAGUUGUACAAUGAUUUCAUCAACACUGGAAAAGACAUUCAGCGGCUUACUGAGAAAGACCACUCAGCUGAGAGUGCUCAGAUAGUGGACAGCAUAGUGAGCAAUCUGAAGCAGGUUCUAGGACGACUUCCUCCCUGUAAUUACGGCACGCUGCAGCACAUGAUGGCUCACCUGUACAGGAUAUCAGAGUGUGAAGAGAAUAAGAUGUCUCCCGGUAACCUGGGCAUCGUGUUCGGUCCCACUCUCCUGCGCCCUCUUGUGUCAGGCGACGUGUCCAUGGUCGCCCUUCUGGAAAGCAGUUACCAGGCCCUGCUGCUGGAGUUCAUGAUCUCACACCAAGAGCAAAUCUUUGGCCCUGCUCCGAGGACAUGCACAUCUGUUCCACCCGUACCCAGCAACCCACCCCCGGGAACAGAGCCUGACACAGCAGACGAGCGUGGAGCCUUGACCAGAGAACGGCCACAGUCUCUCGAGUCGUGGCUAUGAGGGACGUCCCAGCCACUGCAUGGGGUCACUCUGAAGGGGCACUUGUGGACCCGGGUGAGACGUGAACUCACUGAGUUAGUGUACUCCAACAAGAGGAACAUCAACUAGGAACGUAGCGCUACAAAUCAGCGGGCUCUCUGGGAGGUUAUGUGUGUACGACAAGAGAAAAAUAAACUCUUCUAGCAGUGGUGCCUCCAACAAACUUUGCCAUUCAGACAGAAAUGAUGGAGGCCACUUGGGUCAUGAGAGCGCUCCGGCCCACAGGAAGUGACCCGAUGGAUCGGCCUGAACCUGAGAUGAAGCAGCUCAAGGGAACAUCAACAAAUCCAUUUUGUAAUAAACAAGCAGCCACGUCCUGAUACACGUUCAUUUCUUAGAAAGUAAGGGUUCCUCAAGGGUUCCUUGGACAAUCAUGGGUUCUACAGGGAAACACUGAAUAACUGAAUAACUCUGAAAGGUUACAUUUAACCAUUUAACAUGGUUUAAGAUAUAUACGUGCAUAAUUCUAUCAUUUUUAACACAAUAUGGUUUUAUUUAAUUAUUGUGCAUGUUCAUUUUCAUUUCAUAUCGAGCCCUGUGCUAAGAUUAUCCGAGCAGUAUUCACGUCUUGAUAUAACUUUUGCAGAGACAUGAUUCAAUACUGACUCUCUCUCUCUCUCAUCCUGUAAUACUAUAUAUGACAGGAAAUAAUUGUAGGAAUAUUUUAGGCUAACAUCAACAUUUCACGGAUAAUAACUGUUCUGUUUUGUAUAUUUGAUUUGUGUGAACUGUCAAAAACAAUUACUUUCCUCGGCGGAACCUAAAUAUAUUUUUUUACAAAGAAAAACUGAGUUUGUGGCAGAAAAGAAAUCUAUCAUUUAAUUUGUCAGAUAUUCCAGAGAAUUCUACUUUUGUGUUGUAUUUCUAUUCGAAUCGAGUUUCACAUGUUGUCUUUGUGUGUGUCUGGGUUUCCUCUGGGAUCUCUGGUUUCCUUCCAGCAUCCAGAGACAUGCCUGUGGAUCGCCAACAAUAAAUCAGAAUGAGUGUGUAAGUGUCUAUGGUGCCAUAUGACACCCGAUCUAAUAAGUAUUCCUGAUUUAUGCCCAGUUUUCCUGCGAAAGACUCCGGAUUCUGCGCAGCCCUGCUCAGGAUAAAGCACUUACUUCACGAUCAGAACGAGGAUUAGGAAAUAUCAUGAUAAUUGAAGAAUGGUUUCAUGAUACAAGGUUAGAGGUGGACAAAGUACCCAACCUCAUUACUUAAGUCAAAGUACAGAUCCCACUGGUCAAAUGUUACUCCAAUACAAGUGAAAGUUUUACAGUCAAAUUUUUACUUGAGUACUGAAGUACUUGCUUUUAAAAAUACUUAAGUAUUAAAAGUAUAUUUUCUGUCAA